GACGUCAGUGCCCGUCAGUGGGUGACGCUGCGUCUCUUUGUUGGCUCAGCGGCGGCGGCGGCGGCGCUUCUGUUGUUAUUUUUCUCCGCGGCUCAAAAACAGAAAUGCUGGCGAGCUGAACCGAUAUAUUUUAGGACGUUUCCUUUUUCUUUCCCCCCCUUACCACACUUUGUAUCUAGAUAACUCGUUAAACGUUUGUAUCUUGGCUUGUCACGACCCAGCGCCAGUCUAGUAAUGGACUCGGACGAGGGUUACAAUUAUGAAUUCGACGACGAGGAAGAGGAGUGCAGCGAGGACAGCGCUGAAGAGGAGCCCGAAGACGACACCCUGGAGCUCGGAGACGUGGAGCUGGUCGAUCCCGUUGUGGCCGGGGGAGAGCGAGACGAGUGCGGGGAGACCGGCGGGAGCGGCCUCGGGCCGGGACAAGAUGAAGAAGACUACCGCUUUGAAGUUCUCACCGCCGAGCAGAUCCUCCAGCAUAUGGUGGAGUGCAUCAGGGAGGUCAACGAGGUCAUUCAGAAUCCUGCAACGAUCACAAGAAUACUGCUUAGUCAUUUCAAUUGGGAUAAGGAGAAGCUCAUGGAAAGGUACUUCGACGGUAACCUGGACAAGCUGUUCUCCGAGUGUCAUGUCAUAAACCCUAGUAAAAAAUCCCGGACACGCCUCAUGAAUACGCGAUCAUCAGCGCAGGAUAUGCCAUGUCAGAUCUGCUAUCUCAACUACCCUAACACGUACUUCACUGGUCUGGAAUGUGGACACAAGUUCUGCAUGCAGUGCUGGGGUGACUACUUAACUACCAAAAUCAUAGAGGAAGGAAUGGGACAGACCAUUUCCUGUCCUGCACAUAGCUGUGACAUCCUGGUCGAUGACAACACGGUCAUGCGACUAAUAACAGAUUCAAAAGUGAAAUUGAAGUACCAACAUUUAAUAACCAAUAGUUUUGUAGAGUGCAAUCGACUGUUAAAAUGGUGUCCUGCUCCUGACUGCCAUCAUGUUGUCAAAGUCCAGUACCCCGAUGCCAAGCCUGUCCGCUGCAAAUGUGGCCGGCAGUUCUGCUUCAACUGUGGUGAGAACUGGCACGACCCAGUGAAGUGUAAGUGGUUGAGGAAGUGGAUUAAAAAGUGUGAUGAUGACAGUGAGACGUCCAACUGGAUUGCCGCAAACACCAAGGAAUGUCCCAAAUGCCACGUGACCAUAGAGAAGGACGGCGGCUGCAACCACAUGGUGUGUCGGAACCAGAACUGCAAAGCGGAGUUCUGCUGGGUCUGCUUGGGCCCAUGGGAGCCCCAUGGAUCGGCCUGGUACAACUGCAAUCGCUACAAUGAGGAUGAUGCCAAGGCUGCUAGGGAUGCACAAGAACGCUCCAGGGCAGCCUUGCAGAGGUACCUGUUCUACUGCAACCGUUACAUGAAUCACAUGCAGAGCCUGCGCUUUGAGCACAAGCUGUACGCGCAGGUCAAGCAGAAGAUGGAAGAAAUGCAACAGCACAACAUGUCUUGGAUUGAGGUGCAGUUCCUGAAGAAGGCUGUGGAUGUGCUGUGCCAGUGCCGCUCCACACUCAUGUUCACCUAUGUCUUUGCCUUCUACCUCAAGAAGAACAACCAGUCCAUUAUCUUUGAGAACAACCAGGCUGAUCUAGAGAAUGCCACUGAGGUACUGUCUGGAUACCUGGAGCGAGACAUUUCCCAGGAUUCGUUGCAGGACAUUAAGCAGAAAGUACAAGACAAAUACAGAUACUGUGAGAGCAGACGGAGAGUUCUCCUGCAGCACGUGCAUGAAGGUUAUGAGAAAGACCUGUGGGAGUAUAUCGAGGAUUGAGACAGCGUCCUCCCACCACAGACUCUUGGAGAGUGCCUCCGCCAACUAGAGCGCUGAUGCAAUUGAACCAGGGCAGCACAGGCCUCCGCUGCUGCCCCUCCCUUUCCCCCUUCCGGCAUCCCGCCCAACCCUUCUCCCUUUAUUCCUUUCAUAUUUUUUUUUCUUUGUCAUUUUUCUGUUCUUGGUUUCUUGGAGAAAAAAAAACACAUAUUUAAAUGGAAAAACUACAAUAUUUGAAAUAAAAAUGACAUCUACCGCAGUAUUGUUAACCGAGUGAUGUGCAAGAAGACUUGAGUUCCAACAAAAAAUGGACAGAAAAAAAGCAUCCUCUCUGGCUAUUGUAACAUCUCCCGUUAAAUUGUCUUUUUCUCAUUUAU